AUGAUUUCCCGCCAAACUUAGAUGAAAAUAAAGGAAACAUGUCUGGUUUUGACGAUUUGGGUGUUUUUUUCAGUGAUAAUUUCAGUUCUGACGAUGUGGAAGGAAAUAGAAUUAAUUUACAAGCUUUGAAGAAUAGAUAUAAAGAAUUUAUAAGACAGUUUCAUGAAGGAAAUUUUGUGUAUCGUUAUAGAGAUCAAUUAAAAAGUCAUUACAAUGUUGGUCAGUAUUGGCUAGAAGUAUGCUUGGAAGAUAUUGCUUGUUUUGAUGAAACAUUAGCGGAUAAAUUAUGGAAACAGCCUACAGAAAUUUUACCUUUGUUUGAAGAAGCUGCAAAAGAAGUUGCUGAUGAGCUAACAAGACCUAGACCUGAAGGAGAGGAAAAUGUUCAAGAUAUUCAAAUUAUGUUAAGAUCUGAAGCUAAUCCAUCUGCAUUGAGAGAGAUAAAAUCUGAUAAUGUUUCUAAACUAAUUAAAAUUCCUGGAAUUAUUAUUGCUGCUUCUGGUAUUCGUGCCAAAGCAACACGUUUAAGUCUUCAGUGUCGUUCAUGCAAAGAAAUUGUACCAAAUAUAGUUGUAAAACCUGGUUUAGAAGGCUUUGCUCUCCCACGUAGAUGUAACAGUGAUCAAACUGGUCGGCCACGUUGCCCAGUAGAUCCUUAUUUUAUUAUACCAGACAAGUGUCAAUGUGUUGAUUUUCAAAUAUUAAAAUUACAAGAAUCACCAGAAGAUGUACCUCAUAGUGAAAUGCCAAGACAUCUUCAACUAUUCAGUGAUAGAUAUUUAUGUGAGAGGGUGGUUCCAGGCAAUAGAGUUACUGUAAUCGGAAUCUAUUCAAUUAAGAAAAUAGGAAAACCUACUCAAAAAGGAAAUAGAGAAAAAACCAAUAUUGGAAUUCGAAGUCCAUAUUUAAGAGUAAUUGGUAUUCAUGUUGAUAAUGAAGGACCUGGAAGAACUAGUAGUAUUCCAUACACCCCAGAAGAAGAAGAAUUUUUUCGUCAUUUUGCAAGUAGCGGUAAUACUGUGGAACGUAUUGCAGCAAGCAUUGCCCCUUCUAUUUAUGGCUGUCCUGACAUUAAAAAAGCAAUUGCAUGUUUACUUUUUGGUGGUUCACGAAAAAAAAAGUUUCUCUCAGUCAAUUCAACAGUAUGCGAGACAGAUUUAAGAAAAGAUGUAUAUACUUCAGGGAAAGGAAGUAGUGCAGCUGGAUUGACAGCAUCUGUAACUAGAGAUCCUGCUUCUAGAAAUUUCAUAAUGGAAGGUGGUGCUAUGGUUUUAGCUGAUGGAGGUGUUGUAUGUAUUGAUGAAUUUGAUAAAAUGAGAGAAGAUGAUAGAGUAGCAAUACACGAAGCAAUGGAACAACAGACUAUAUCAAUAGCUAAAGCAGGAAUUACUACUACUCUUAACUCACGAUGUUCAGUAUUAGCAGCAGCUAAUAGUGUUUUUGGUCGUUGGGAUGAUACAAAGGCUGAAGAAAACAUUAACUUUAUGCCCACAAUUUUAUCAAGAUUUGAUAUGAUAUUUAUUGUAAAAGAUGAACACAAUGAAAGAAGAGAUAUGAUUCUUGCAAAACAUGUAAUGAAUGUCCAUGUAAAUGCUCAACAUAUUAUUGAAGAAUCAAAUGACGGCGAAUUAAAUUUAAAUCUUCUGAAAAAAUACAUUGCUUAUUGUAGAGCUAAAUGUGGACCAAGAUUGUCAUCAGAUGCUGCAGAAAAAUUGAAAAGUCGAUAUGUGUUAAUGAGAAAUGGUGCCCGUGAACAUGAACAAACAAUAAAAAAGAAAUCAACCAUUCCAAUCACUAUAAGACAAUUGGAAGCCAUCAUUCGAAUUGCUGAAUCAUUAGCAAAGAUGCAACUCCAACCAUUUGCAACAGAAGCUCACAUUGAUGAAGCUCUUCGCCUGUUUCAAGUUUCUACGCUGGAUGCAGCGAUGUCAGGAACACUUGCUGGUGCAGAAGGAUUUACAUCUGAAGAAGAACAUCAAAUGCUGGUAUGCAUUGAAAAACAGAUAAAGAGAAGAUUUGCCAUUGGAUGUCAGGUGUCAGAAUUCAAUAUACUUCAAGAUUUUUUAAAACAGGGAUAUCCUGAACACGCCAUCCAUAAAGUGUUGUAUUAUAUGAUAAGAAGAGGUGAAAUUCAACAUCGUAUGCAACGAAAAAUGUUAUACAGAAUAAAAUAGAUGAGUAAUGAUUUUGUAAACUUAUUUUAACUUGUAUUGUAAUCUGUUAUAUAUUGUUUUAAAAACUAUUUUUCUAUUUGUAUCAUUUUCUAAAUAAAAUUUGUCAGAGUAUUAAUUUGUAUUUAUCUUAUUCUUCAUAAUCUUUGAGAAAUCACAUACAUUAAUUGCAAAUACAGUGGUACCUCAGGAUACGAAAUUAAUCCGUUCCGAAACUGAGAUUGUAUAAUGAAAAUGUUGUAAGGUGAAUCAUUUUUUCCCAUACAAUUACA